AAUCAAAUUCCAACGGACACUGAACAGAUUUGCAAACUGAACGUGGGGGAUUAUCACGUCUUAGUUUCCAGUUCAAAAUUCUUCACGAUGGAUUGGAAAAAAUUUUAUUAUAAAACAAUUAAGAAUAAAUACUCCUGUAAGAAGUGUCAGGCAGUGAGAGACGAUCAGCUGAUGAUUGAGGAUCAUGUUUGGAUUAUGCAUUGCGGGGGAACAUUCCAGUGUCCUCUUUGUCCGGGAUCAACACAGUUCUUUUUUGGAAGGAACACCAUCAGGACACACAUACGACAAAUUCAUUCGGACACGAAUCCCUCCGAGAACUAAACUCGCUAGGAGAUCGUUUUUUGUUUAUUUUUCCUCUCCAGGGAAUUAUCUUUCUGAACUUUUCGAGACUUUUUGUAUUUUAUUUUUCUCUAUCAAACUCACAAAAUCAUCGAUGACUAUUGAAUCGUCAUGUACGCUGGAUUUUUAUUUCUUCAUCGAUUUUAUAUCAAGGCUAAACCGCAAUUCUAUGCUGUUAUCCAAUACGUUACAGUAGUAAAUUGAAUUUUUGAAUUUAAUCAUCUUGUUAUCGAAAUUCAAUUCUUCAAUUAACCUCUUAUUUUAUUUCACUUCGAUAUUUUUCUUUUAGCUGAAAUGAUUAUUUCGAUUAUUUCGACUCUUCGGAGAGUCGAAUUUCCAAGAAUGAUCGUGGGGGCGCCACCUUAUGGUACGACAUUCUUUGGAAAUUUUUCCCGAAAAGAAAGUUUAUCAGUAAAAAAUUAAAUCUACAAUAUUUUAUCAAUUCGAUUUUGAAUAGGACAUAUGAAUUAAUACACUACAUUUUCAUUCCUGCCGUCAGUCCUCGUAUUGGAUCUCGGAAAAUCUCUCAAUCUGUUCAUGGUAUUCAUCUGUUUGUCUCAGCAUUUCCCGAUAAUUUGGAAAUUCCUCGAUAAAGAAUAUUAUUUGUCAUUGUACGAUAUCGAACUCAGACGUAUCAUAAUCUUCAAAAUAAAAAAUGACUGAGAAUUCCAUUGGAAAUCACGAGCCAACCCCCAAACGCCAGAAAAUCGAUUCAAUAAAUCCCUCGACGCCAGAAAUUCGCUCUCCACGUACAUCAAAAUGGGAGAGUUCCUGUCUGAUAAGAGAACUUGAAGUUUAUCGAACGAGAUUAUCCAACACUGAAGUUGCUAUGGGUCACCUUCAAAAGAUGAAAGAGGAAGUGGAGAGAGCAUUUCUCGAGCGAGAGCAGAUGUUGGAGAUGCAGCUGAGAGUUGAGGGGGACACGAUGAGAAAUCUAGAGGAUCGACUCGAAUUGGCGAAGAGGGGCUGUGAGGAAAUAUGCGAAUCCGAGGUCACUGUCGAGGCUGAAUUUUUUUCCAGAGAAACGAGGAUAAGGGAAAAAAUUGAAUCGCUCUUCAGUGAAGAUCCCACACUGAACAGGAAUGCGUUGUUCUUACAGACUGAGAAGAUUGAGAAUGUUGAGGGGCAGAUGAUGAGGAUGGAGAUGAAAGUCGACGGAGGAUUAAAAAAAAAUAUGGGAACUCAUGAGUCCCAAGGGCCUGGAAGAGAAGGGGUCGAUCAUUCUGAGAUUUCUCGAGCUGAUGAUUUAGGGAAUAAUAAUGCGAUUCUUCUGGCACGUGCUAGGGAACUGGAGAAGCAACUGGAGUCGGCGAAGAAUACUAUUCUGACAUUUCG